AGCGGAUCAUGUGGGGCGUCAGUCUCGCGCAGGCUUCCACGCGGUUCGGUAGCCCCGCCAUGCCGCUCGCCGCUCCCCGACCGCUCCGUCCGAACAUGUCCGAACACAUUUAACCGACACCAAAUUCAAAUUCAUAAAAAAAAUCCCAAUAACAAAAUUUUAGGUCGGUGAGCAAUGAAAAUGUCUAAUCCACACUCUUAAUUUACGGGAGUUCUGUAGCAUAUCAUAACAGUGUGAACAUAAACAUAUCAGGAUUUUUGAACGAUUUGUGUACCAGUGCAGUGAACGUAGUGACGUGAUUUAGUGACAUAGUGUUUGUGACAGUUUGUGCGGAGAUAGCGUAUGAUGUGAUGAUGAGGCGAGGGAAAGUGCUGCUGGAGAGCAGCAGGCAGGGCUCCGUCGACGGCAAGGGCGCAGUGGCUAACGAUAAGGAGUUGGUUCACAAGUGUCACAGCGAUCCUGGUGGUGGGCGCGCUCUUGGUGCCGCCCCAAGGACGCACAGGCAUCGAUCUGCGUCGGGUGCCACGAGGAAAUGCGUGCUAACACUCGAUGGAUACUCAUAUGUCAUUGUGGCGAGUCCACCGGGAGGCGCGGGCGCACCGCGGGAGGAGGCGCCGCCCCGCCCCCCGCCGCCUCCCGUACCCCGCAACGGCACCCCUCCCAGUCAGCACGGAAGUCUAAUAGAAAAUCAACAAGGAGCACUAACGAUAGUGCGCCGCUCGUCCAGCCGCAGUAAGGCUGAAAGUUGCCCGACGCCCACUGACGAACAACUCGACUCCCUCGAUUUGGAUACCGAACACUUGCCCGCCGUCGACACGCCCGAUGCGUGCGAUAAGGCCGCACUUAGAUUACGCUAUCUCCUAAGACAAUUGAAUAGGGGUGAAAUAUCAGCUGAAACUUUACAAAAAAAUCUACAAUAUGCUGCGAAAGUCCUCGAAGCUGUGUACAUUGAUGAAACCAAGGAUAGGAGAGCGGAGGAGCAGCCGCGCGCGCAGCAGACCACGCUGCACAUGCGACGCCUGCGCACCCCCUGCUGGGCGAGGUGCUCAGUAGAGAAACCAAACGAAGCAAAACCGGCAGUGGCGCGCCAGCAGUCAGCCCCAACCCUGGUGUUUAGGCGGCUGGCUGACGAGGAUGACGAGCUGUCGGAGGUGCAGCCAGAUGCUGUUCCUCCUGAGGUCCGGGAGUGGCUGGCGUCGACCUUCACGAGGCAGCUGGCGACGGCGAAGAGAAAGUCUGAUGAAAAGCCGAAGUUUCGGUCGGUGGCGCACGCGAUCAGGGCGGGCAUCUUCGUGGACAGAAUCUACAGGAGAGUCACCAGCACUGCGCUUAUGCAGUUCCCUCAAGAUGUCAUUAGAGUACUUAAGACGCUGGACGAAUGGUCAUUCGACGUGUUCGCGCUACACGAGGCAUCAGGCGGCGCGCCUGUCAAGUACCUCGGUUACGAACUCCUCAAUAGAUACGGCAUGAUUCACAAGUUUAAGGUCCCGCCCACCACGCUGGAGAACUUCCUCAACAGGAUAGAAGAAGGCUACUGCAAGUUCCACAACCCUUACCACAACAAUCUCCAUGCGGCUGAUGUUGCGCAAACCGUUCACUACAUGCUGUGCCAGACUGGACUGAUGAACUGGCUAUCAGACCUGGAGAUAUUCGCGACGCUGGUGGCAGCAGUGGUGCACGACUAUGAGCAUACUGGCACCACAAACAACUUCCACGUCAUGUCAGGGUCUGACACGGCUCUGCUGUACAACGACAGAGCAGUUCUGGAGAACCAUCAUAUAAGUGCGGCUUUUAGACUAAUGCGCGACGAAGAAUGCAACUUACUCCAGAACUUGUCCAGAGAGGAGUUCCGGGAGUUCCGAACCCUGGUCAUCGACAUGGUGCUGGCCACCGACAUGUCGUUCCACUUCCAGCAGCUGAAGAACAUGAGGUCGCUGCUAUCGCUGGCUGAGCCAACCGUGGAUAAGUCGAAGGCUGCGUCCCUUAUUCUGCAUUGCUGUGAUAUCUCGCAUCCUGCUAAGAGAUGGGACCUGCACCACAGAUGGACAAUGAGCCUGCUCGACGAAUUCUUCCUCCAAGGCGACAAGGAACGAGACCUAGGACUUCCAUUCAGUCCACUUUGCGACAGGAACAACACCCUUGUGGCCGAGUCACAGAUCGGUUUCAUCGAGUUCAUCGUGGAACCCAGCAUGGGCGUGUGUGCUGAUAUGCUGGAGUGCAUAUUGGGGCCUCUACAUUCCAGUAGCAAGAACUCCACCAGUUCUGCUGAGCCUAUCAAUGAAGAGGGCUCGGGGAAUAAGGACAAAAAUGAAAAUAGCAGCAAGUUCAAAAUCAGGAAGCCAUGGGUCGCAUGCCUCAGCGACAACAAGAAGAUAUGGAAAGAGCAGGCUGCUAAAGAUGCAGAGGCCCGAGCUAAGCAAGAGGAGGAGAACAACGGGGUUCCACCGCCAACAGAGGAAUAAUAUUUAGCCUCAUUUGUAAAUAGCGUUAGAUCUAGUUGUUGCAACAUGUUCUAUUCACUGUUGAAGAAAAGCUAAAGCAUACUAUAUGAUAUAAAUACGUGUGCGAGCUAUAUAUACGUUGCUAAUUUAUUUAAAGUAAAAUUGUUGUGUGUAACGCACAAAUAUACGACUUGGAAGCACAAUGCGAAAAGCCUGGAUGUAUAAAGUUUCUCUAUGUGGAAGACAACAUAGUGAGCUAAUUCGAACAGGCGACACGCCGCCCAGCGGUAACGCCAGUAGUGUAAAUGAUUCAUUAUUAUUCGCUGCUAAGAUUUUAGCCUAGCCUAAAAUUAAGUCUAAAAGCUUUGAUGAUAAUUCUAUACCAAUAAUCUAUUGCGAGGAGAAAGGACGAUAUUUCAUAAAAUAUGGGUUGGUCCCAGAAAUGAACCCUGAAGAACCCUUGUAGUAUAUUUCUCGCAAUUGAAUAUUGGAUGUAUAUUUAAAGAUGUAUCGAUAGAUAACACUAUUUUCUACUCAUAAUUGAAAUAAUUAAUGUGUAAAACUGUACUGAACUCAUUUCAAAUAUAGUCGUUAAGAGCUAAAUGUAUCUGUAAGUAACUAUCAAAUGCUGGUGACGGAGCAACAAACAUUAAUUUAUAUAAAUCAUAAACACGUGCACUUCUCUUCGAUCAAACACUUAACUUUAACUUAAAAUGUAGCUUAAUAUUAGUGUUAAAUUUAACCCAUAAUAUGAUGAAUACGCUUAUUAAUUUUAAUGUUUCCGAUUAAAUUGGAGUCUUGAUAUUCUUGACCAAAUGUUAUUUAAUAUGAAAUUAUUUUCUAAAUGAUAACGCCAUUUCAAAUUCUAGUACAUAGGUAGAUAGUACAUUAGUAAAUCUUCAUGAUACAAAUUAAGAUUUUUGUCUUUGUUAUAUAUACAACAUAGCUAAGGAUAAAGUAGUGGAACUCAAAUAUUUAUUGAAAUUCAAAGCUCGUGCUCAAAUCAGAUGGAGUCAGCUUUCUGUAACAUGAACUACCUAUUAGAUCUAUUAGACUGAGAGGCUACGGCGUCACAGCCCGAGAACGAACAGGAAUUCUUAGGUAAGCUUAGACUUGAACACACGCUCUCGUGGAGGACCCAAAGUAAUUGUACCGUCCUUCAACUAGAAUCUAUCGUCGAACGGAAGAGGCCCAGACUCCACCAAAGUGGAUAAAUGUUUAUACAUCCAAUAGAAUUUCUCCGCUAUGGGAUAUACCUACCACUGCGUGGAGACAAGAUGUUUGAAUGUCGAAAUAUUGUUUGUAUAAAACUUAUACGCUCCGCUCCGCUAAGGUAGACUCUGGGCCUUAAUCAUUGAAUUUAUUAAACAAAGAUAUUAAAAGAUUUUAGGCCAAUGUUUACCUACAGAUGCCAAAUUUACAUGAAAAAUCUGAACUGAAUCCGCUUAACAUAAGUUUUUUGUAACCAUGCAAAAUGUAUGAGAAUUCAGUAAUAUUUCGAACGUAUAUCAGAGGCCUAGUAUUCCUGGUAGGUACGUGGGACCAUUCUCAUUGAAUAUCAAAUCAAAUGAAUCCAUAAUCAUGAUAAAAUUAGGUCCCUAUUUGAUUUCGGGGAUGGUAAGGAUAGAUAUAAUCCAACUGGUGACGCUUAUUGUAGACAAAUUUAACAAUAGAUUUUUUUAUAUGUAUUUAUCAUCUAUUUUAAUUAUUAGAGAUUUAUUAAAUUCUGUAUAUUGUGCAUUUAGCGUACCUAAUAGUUAAUAGGUACUAAAUAUUAAGAAUAAAUCAAUAUAGGUACAUACCUACUUAAUUUGAAAUGUAGUUUAGUAAUGCCAUUCAGAUUGGGAAUAUAGCUUUAUAAAAUUGUAGAGUAUAGCAUACUGAGCCUUAUGUACAUGAAUAUUUAAUUGUUGUUUCUGUAUCAUAGCUUGCAGCAGUACAUAGGCCCGCUCUUGGUAAAUACUUGUCUCUGACUUAACCACUUUUGUGCAAGAUAUGGCUUUUAAAUGUGACAUUACAACAUUCCGAAUGUGUUAAGAAUCAAUUCUCAAUGUAAAGCGGAUUCACCUGAAGAAUUACAGCAUUAAUUUUACCAUUGCAUAUUGAUAUUUUCUUAUUUAAUCAAUGCAUUAUGCAAUGUAAAAUUCACUCUGUAAUUCUAGGUGCAUAUUGCUACUAAUUAAGAUAUUUAAAGACCUGUACACUGCUACGUAUUAAGAUAGUAAAAAAUAAUAAUAACAUAUUAGGUACCUACCCACAAUGUCGUAAAAUAUUUUUCACAGAUGUCGUGCUUAACAGUAUCGCGGAUAGUAUUUCACAUCAUUCAAAUUCAACAAAUUCAUUCAUAGUAAUAUUAAAUGUGUAUAGAAAUGUUAUUUAUAAAAAAUCUAAAUAAAUCUCCUAAAAUUUUAUAUUAUUAUACCUAUAUCCCACGUAAAAGAAAUAUGACAUUAAAAUGCAAUUGCUAAAGAAAGUUUUCUAUAUGUAUUGUAAGUAUGCGAAUGUAUAUUAUUCAAUGUUUUAUCUUAAAGAAAAUCACAAUAAUUUUAUGUAAACAACACAAAGAUCUUUGUAUCAAACUGCAUUUUCUCUC